CAAACCUUUAAAAACAGAUUCAAUUAGAACCCAAAUAUUUUAAAACGAAAACUAUAACUAUUUCAUAGACAAGGUCAAAGCUUAUCCUUCACACAAACAAAGACUCAAGUUUGGUUUCAGACUUGCUUGCAAUGCAUAACAAAGCAAGCAGCCAAAGCUACAUUAAAUUAAAACACAAGCCAUUUGCUCAAAACAGAGAAAAAACAACAAAGCACCUGAAGAAAAAGAGAUUUGAACCUUGAGUGUUAUGGAGAUUAAGGUUGAUGAAGAAGCUGGGUUCAAUGGCGCUCACCGCAUGAUCAAAGACGAGACUGUUCCACUCCUGGAAGAUGAAGAUCAAACCGAAGUUCGAAAACGGGACUUUCCUGACAUAGAAAGGAACACUUGGAUACAAAAGGCAAUAGGUCAGACUUUUCAGACAACAGCUCAUCUAGCUAAUCUUUUACCUACAGGGACAGUUCUUGCAUUCCAGAUUCUAUCGCCAAUUUUUACAAAUGCUGGGCACUGCAGUUUAACAAGCAGGAUCAUGACAGCCUCGCUAGUUUCCAUCUGCGGAUUCUCUUGUCUCAUACUUAGCUUCACAGAUUCUUACAAGGACUUGAACGGAAAUGUCUGCUAUGGAUUUGCAACAAUCAAUGGAUUCUGGAUAAUUGAUGGCUCAGCUACUCUUCCUCAAGAACGUUCCAAGAGCUACAAACUACGGUUUAUAGAUUUCGCACAUGCCAUUAUGUCGUUUCUGGUGUUUGGAGCCGUGGUUUUGUUUGAUCAGAAUGCGGUUAAAUGUUUCUUUCCCGAACCAUCAGCUGAAGCAGCGGAGCUUCUCACAGCUUUGCCCGUAGCCGUAGGAGUCUUCUGCAGUAUGCUGUUCGCUACAUUUCCUACUACACGCCAUGGUAUCGGUUUCCCCCUCUCUGCUAAAUGAUGUUCUGACUCAAAUUGUAAAAUCCUCCUAAUCGCUUUGGAAUCUCUGCAAUUCUCUUUUGUAUGUUGUGCUUUACCAUUCUUCUGAAAUGAACUCUUGAAUAUAAUAUCUCAA